AUGCUAAAGGGACCUGAUUUCACGAAGAGGCCCAAUUGCGACCAAAUCCGGGUACGAAUGAGAGACUGGCGGCUAUCAGUGAAAGAGAUGGUGACAAUAGAAAAACAUUUCGACACAUUGAAGUUUGAGCAUGCAUUUUUCCGUAACCUUUUGGCUAGUAAACUUGACUCGCGCGCAAGGGAGUGCAAUUAUGAGUGGUCAAUCAUUUCUGCCCAAAGCGAUGAUACACUUGAAUCAAAACAAUCAGUAAAUGAAAGCACUCUAACGGAUUACAGCGAGUCCGGCGCUACCAUAAGCGAUGUGAGCAUGAGCGAGGGGAUACAUUAUCAAAACAAUGAUUACGCUGACAGAGUGUACCGUUUUUGGCCUCAAAUACGCACAGAUUUUGUGGUCGAGUUCCGGAGCGCAUGGAUUGAGGGCCACAGGCUAUACAUUCAGACAGAGUUUUGUGACCAUAAUCUUAAGGAUAUUAUAAACGAUAAAAACCGACUCUUCAGUCAACCCUCAGACGACGACCCGAGUGUUGUCUAUGUGUUAGCACUCAUUGAUUACUUCAUAGCCUAUGAAUUGUUUGAGGAGUUGACCAAAAGCCUCAACUAUUUGCACACUUUGGACACACCUAUUAUACACCGAAACCUUAAACCGGAAAAUAUACUUAUAAUGAACAACGUUACCAAUAAUGGACAACAAUUUGUUAAGAUCUGUAACUUUGGUUACGCCGCGUUUCACAGCUAUAGCGGUCAGUCGCACACCAGAGCCAAAGGCGACAAGAAUUAUAUGGCGCCCGAAGUGGUCCGCAGUAAACACUAUGACCUGAAGUCCGAUAUAUUUAGUUUGGGACUCAUUUGUAGCGAACUCUUUGGAGUCAAUGCAUAUGGAUUUGAAAGAACAAUCAUAGAAAAGCACCUCGGUGUUAAGGACAAAUACCGGUGCCUCCACGAGCCCAUACAGGAGAUGCUUACCGAGCCCCUGUACGACCAGAGGCCCACUUGCGCCGAGUUAUUGGUGCAAAUGAUUGGCUGGCGUUUGUCGGCCGACGAGCUAUUGAAGAUUGAGGCGAUGUAUAACACAAUCAAUUGGUUUCCGAAUUCCGACCAAAUUUCGAUCUUUUUCCGUAAUUUUUUGGCCGCCAAACUGAGAGACAGAAUUGACGAAUCGGCUUAUGAACAGCCGACUGACGACGUCGUGGUCGCCUCAAUCGACCGUCCCUUCUAUAACAUGACUUUUACCGAUUACACCGAUUUGAAGGCAACGGACGGCGAUAUUAUCCAAAUUGUGGGCAUCGGUAGGAACAGUCUGACCAUAUGGGCCGUGUAUAUGGGUGGUGGUAACAUCGCGUAUGUCUGUCUUGACACUAAGCGCCUGUUGUAUCAAUCGCUUGAAAGUGUGUGCCGUAAAGAUAGUAAGGGUUGUCGUGUGAAUAAUUUGGAUGAAUUAUCGGAAUCGAGACAACUGUCUGUCCGAACACCUGAUAGUAUUUUAGUCGAAGCUUUCCGGGCAUUAAAAAAAUACAAUUUUAAUAUACCGACUGAUAAUCGCAAACAUAAUCUUCGCAUACAUUUUGUGACGAAAUGCCGUUUCGGGAGACAGUAUUGCGAGCAAUGUAUUGGCAAAGAAAUGGUUGAUAUCAUUUAA